AUGGAAGAAAUUGUACUCGAUAGACUUGGUAUAACAUCAAUCGAACCAGAUCAAUUAAAAUUAUUUCCUAAUUUAACAGUACUCUAUAUCACGCAUAACAAGCUUAAAAUACUCAACAACCUUCAACCAUGUAUACGAUUAAGUUUUAUUGAUGCAAGAAACAACCAAUUAAGUGAAUUAGAUCUUAAAAAGCAAACAUUCUUACGAGUUCUUUAUCUAGCGAAUAACAAAUUUGAAUAUAUUGAGAACUUUAUGAAGCAAACAUCACACUUACGUAACCUUGAAGUUUUAGAUUUGCGUGGAAACGAAAUUACUCAAAUUAAAGGUUAUCGCGCAAUGAUGAUAGAUCAAUUUCCCAACCUAGAAACACUUGAUGGCAUAGAUAUUACAAAAUCAGAAAGAAUCAAAAAUAACGUAUUUCAAAGAUCAACAACAAUACAACGAAAGCCUCAAACAAUGCUAGAAUUUCUUACAUCCUUACCACUUUCUGAUGCAGAUACAGUAGUUUCUCGUCGCGCAGGACAGAUUAGGGUAGCAACUGAAUUAAGACUCAAAAAGGAAGAAGAAGAAAGAACUAAGUUUGCGAGAAUGCAAAAGGAAAAGUUUGAAGCACUCGCUCACAUCACACGAGCUCCAUUGCCAGACUCAAUUGGAUUUAAGCAUGAAGAAAAAGAAGAGAAGAACGAAAACCAUGAUGAAGGAAAGCGUAGAUCCAGAUCAAGAAUGUAUAUUAAGACAUCAACUUUUCCAGAAGCAGCUAAAGAUGAAGGAACAAAAUUCUUUGAAUAUAUGAAUCCUAAGCUACCAAAGAUUCCAACUCGUGCAUGUAAUGAGGCAGUAGUUUAUCCAAAGUAG